UGGCAUCGAAACGCCUUUCAGUUUGUGCCUCACGCUGCUCCAUGCCAAAGGCAGCACCACGAUCUCGGGCUCCAGUCUUCCCUCUCUCUUACACUUCCAUUGAACUGACAGAGAAAGAGUGUAUCUUGUGUUCCAUCCUUUCCAGAGAAGCUCCUUUAUCCUCCAGCGUCACUUCCCAGACCCACCCUCAUACCCUUGUCUCCCGCCCGGAUGGUGCUAUCUGUGAAUCUGUGCUUCUGAUUCUCAAGUGUGACUGUGAGUGGACGUCUCUGUGUGUAAAACUCCUUGCCAGGGGCAUUGCGCAAAAGGGAGCAGUGCAAUAAAUUAUGUCCAGGGAAAAGAAAAUGUUCAAACUUCUGUCCCAAAUGUCCACUACCGAACUCAAUGAUGCCAUCGACGACAGAAACUUCCCCCAGAACGCCUCCACUUCCGCCAAGUGUACCAAUGGCAAGAAGAGCGAUGAGGAAGAAGUCGAGUCCAAUGGGAUGUGCAAGAAACGUCAGCAUCCAGCACCACUCAAAAUGACUCCAAAAUCCCCUGAAGCUGAGAGGGUACUCUAUGUUCCAGGAACACCUCAAACACCAAGAACAUCCACCACUCCAGGUCAUGAAAAUUGCACAUUCCACCAUGAUCUGGAGUUGGACCACAAGCCACCGACGCGUGAGGCCCUCCUGCCAGAGAUGACGCGAUCUUACCGGCUUCUGUUGACUGGCCUAGGCGAGGAUCCCGAUCGCCAGGGUCUCCUCAAGACACCCGAGAGAGCAGCUAAAGCGAUGCUCUUCUUCACCAAAGGAUACGAUCAAAGUCUCGAAGAAGCCCUCAAUGGCGCUAUUUUCGAGGAAGACACCGACGAGAUGGUUGUGGUGAAGGAUAUCGAAAUGUUUUCAAUGUGUGAGCAUCACUUGGUGCCCUUUUAUGGGAAAGUCUCAAUUGGAUACUUGCCAUGCAAGAAAAUCCUUGGACUCAGCAAAUUAGCCAGAAUCGUGGAAAUUUUCUCGAGGCGCCUUCAGGUUCAGGAGAGACUCACGAAGCAAAUUGCUGUCGCCGUCACACAAGCCGUACAACCAGCCGGUGUGGCUGUUAUUAUUGAGGGAGUGCACAUGUGCAUGGUGAUGCGAGGUGUUCAGAAGAUCAACAGCAAAACUGUGACAUCGACUAUGUUGGGCGUCUUCCGGGACGAUCCCAAGACCAGAGAGGAAUUCCUAACCCUCGUCAACACAAAAUAGGGAAUGCAUUUCAGGGAAACCCUCCAAACAAUCUACACCAUGACGGAAUUGCAAAUGUUAGAUGCAUUAGAAGAAUAAGGCAAAAUCUCAAUCAAUGAGCAAAAUCGAAAUCCAGCGCUCAAAAAUAAAAAAAAAAUGAAUGAAGAAGACGUUUUCAGGGGCCAACAAUUUUGUGUGCUCUCCAAUAGAUUUUCUGGGGCCUAAUAAAUGUAUUUUUAAGAAGAAUCCUGUCUUGUAGGACAAAAGAAAACUAUUUUGCAAAUAAAUUAAAUAAAUCCUUGCGAUAUUGCAGGGUAAAAUGAAUCACUUGAGCAACAAUCGGCAGGUUGCUAAAAAAAAGUAUUUUCUCGUACAAGAAAACACUGAGAAAAUCAAACAAAGUGCAACAGGUUUAGGGAACAAAUAGAGCAAAGUAUAUUUUUCAAAUCGAUGCAACAUUUUGAUCGAAAGCAAACUUUAUAUCGAUGUUAAGUGUUAUUAUUGAGAUGCUGUAAAAAAUGUAAAUAAAUUUAUCUCUAUGCCGUUAA